GGUAGCAUAGGAACCGAGGCCAAAAGUCUAAAUCCGAAAUAUAAAUUCGCAGGCGCGCCGCUUUUUCCCCCGACUUCUUUUCUCACUCACUGUGCGAAUGAGUGAGAGAGAUCUUCGUUCUCUUUCUAGGGUUUUCCCCUGGGAUUUUCACACCUCGAUCGUCCCUCCUUUUUUUUACAUAGAGAACCCUAGCUCCGGCUCCUCUGCCUAUACUGAGAUUCUCCAACGCCGCCGCCUGGCGCAGUUUUCGCCGAAGCAGCUAAAGCAGAACCCUUCCAUGGCAGCGGAAUCCGUUGCUUCAACUGCAAGAGACCUCCCACCAGAGGUCUUUGGGACGAACACUCCGCCGGAAAAGCCUCAGGGUCGGGUUCUCCCAACCAGAUGUUCAGCAGAUGGCGAUGCUGGAGCUCGGACCCUCUCGAGCAUAAUGCAGAAACUAUCCAAGGGGGACGAACUUGAAAGUUCGCAUGAUCAGUGUAAUGCUUGCACAGAAUUCUAUGUCCAAAAGGGCAUUGGCUAUCUAAUUGAUGAGGACUCAAUUGAGGAAUAUGAAAAGGUGGCAAAGGAAAAGAGGAAGGAGAAAUUGGAGCAACAGGAAGGAGUGGAGUUAAAUUUUCUCAGCAAACUUGGUCAUGUCCAAAAGAUUGAGAUUCUGAAUGGCAUUGCUGACAUGAAGAAUGAGCUCAGGUCCUUCAUGCUAUGGGUUCUAUGUUCCGAAUUUCCUGUUUUUAUAUGUGAUUCUGUCUGUAAUUCUGAAUUCUUAUUUUAAAGGGGCUACUAUAGGGAAGGGCCAAAAAUUUCAUUUUCUUUCAUCUGAAAUUUCUUUUU